AUGCCUUUCUCAAACACUACAAUACCUUCAAUUCCUAAUGCAGCCUUGAUUGCUACGCUAAACAAUGCUACAUUUCAAAUCAUUCGCUAUUGUUCAAUUUUCAUUUUCCUCUUCGGCACCAUUGGAAAUACUCUCAAUAUAUUGGUUUUAUCGCAAUCAUCGUUUCGUUCAAGUCCAUGCGCUCAACUCUUUCUAUUUGCAUCCGCUAUGAAUCUAUUUGUCAUCAUUUCUGGUCUCAUUUCCCGCAUCUUGGCCGGCUGGGGCGCUGAUCUAACAGCUACAAAUCGAUUCUUUUGCAAACUUCGUGGUUUUGCUGUCAAUACUGCAAGGCCGGUUGCAAUCUGGUACGUUCUUUUUGCGAUGAUUGAUCGAUGGCUUUUAUCGAGUACCAAAACAGAACGUCGACAAAUGAGCUCAAUCAAAAAUGCCCGACGAGCUAUGGUUAUUAGUCUUAUUUUCGCAACAUUAUAUUUUUCGCAUGUUAUCUAUUGUCACGAGCCAUAUCAAAUAAAUGCUCCACAAAAAUGCUACGGUGCAACAGUGGUAUGUCGAUAUGUGGCAGAUCUAUCAUUUACGUGCAUGUCUAUUCUUCCUCUGAUUCCUAUGUUGGUAUUUGGUUUGAUGACUAUCAAUAACGUUCAUCAAUCACACAAUCGAACUGCUCCUACGGAUAUAUCGAAUAGAGCAACAAUGAUAUCCACUCAUCCAAGUCGAUUGAGAAAAAGGGAUCGUAGCUUAAUAGCUAUGCUUUUGGUACAGAUCAUCAUUCUUUGCAUAUUAUCUGUCCCAUUGGGAAUGGAUAAGGUGUACUCUUCAAUAGCAGCUGAUAGGCAACAGUCUACAUUACAAGUUGCUGUUUCCAAUUUACUGUAUAAUAUUGCUCAAUUACUUCAUUUCUUAGCGAACGGGGUACCAUUCUAUAUUUAUACGUUAGCGGGCGGAAAUUCAUUUCGUCAAGUAUUAAUCAAGUUAUUAGCAAAUAUUAAAGACAAGAUGUUGCACAAAUGCAGAUAA